CCGCCCCGCCGGCGCUGCCCAUGGGCCCGGCACGAUGCCGGUGCGGCGGGGGCACGUCGCCCCCCAGAACACCUUCCUGGACACCAUCAUCCGCAAGUUCGAGGGGCAGAGCCGCAAGUUCAUCAUCGGGAACGCGCGAGUGGAGAACUGCGCCGUGAUCUACUGCAACGAGGGCUUCUGCCGGCUCUGCGGGUACUCGCGGGCCGAGGUGAUGCAGCAGCCCAGCACCUGCGACUUCCUGCACGGGCCCCGCACGCAGCGCCGCGCCGCCGCCCAGAUCGCACAGGCGCUGCUGGGCGCCGAGGAGCGCAAGGUGGAGAUCUGCUUCUACCGCAAGGAUGGCAGCUCCUUCCCGUGCCUGGUGGACGUGGUGCCGGUGAAGAACGAGGAUGGCACCGUCAUCAUGUUCAUCCUCAACUUCGAGGCCGUGAGGGAGCCUGAGCCCGGGGAGGCCCCGACCCCCAGCACCAACCACUGGGUCACCCCGGCCCCCUGGGGGCCUGCAGGUCGCAGCCGCUCCCUGCGGCUGAAGCUGCUGGCGCUCACGGGCAGCCGCCAGUCGCUGCCCCCCGAGCCCCCCGAGCCCCCGGACGUGGUGGUCGUGGACCCGGGGCUCACGGACCCGCUGGCCCCGGAGCCCGGCCCGCCCGCCAGCGACUCGGGCCCCGAGGACGCCUCCUCGUCGCUGGAGGCCGGGGACCGCGCCGAGGACGAGGCGGCGCUGAUGGGGGACCCCGAGCCGCCGGUGCCGCAGCCGUCCCCGCGGGCCGAGCGCCUGGCGCUGGCCUUCGCCAACCACAGCCUGGCCCGGAGCCGCUCCCGGGAGCGCCGGUCCCGAGAGAGCCUCCGCAGCCUCCGCCGGGCCUCCUCCGUCGAUGACAUCGAGGCCAUGAAGGGCGACGGGGACAAGCGCUGCCACAGCCGCCACGCCAGCGCCAGCGCCGGCACCGGCCUGCACCGCGGCUCCAGCACCGGCGCCGUGGCCGCCGUGCGCAGCGCGCUGCUCAACUCCACGUCGGACUCGGACCUGGCGCGGUUCCGGGCCAUCGGCCGCAUCCCGCAGAUCACCCUCAACUUCAUGGACCUGCAGCCGGGGGGGCUCCUGGCGCCGCCCCCCGCCCCCCGGCCCAUCAUCGCCCCCACCAAGCUGCGCGACCGCACCCACAAUGUCACCGAGAAGGUCACUCAGGUGCUGUCCCUGGGCGCUGAUGUGCUCCCCGAGUACAAGCUGCAGGCGCCGCGCAUCCACCGCUGGACCAUCCUGCACUACAGCCCCUUCAAGGCCGUGUGGGACUGGCUGAUCCUGCUGCUGGUCAUCUACACGGCCAUCUUCACGCCCUACUCGGCCGCCUUCCUGCUCAGCGACUCGGAGGAGGCGCAGCGGCACCACUGCGGCUACUCGUGCAGCCCGCUCAACGUGGUGGACCUCAUCGUGGACAUCAUGUUCAUCAUCGACAUCCUCAUCAACUUCCGCACCACCUACGUCAACUCCAACGAGGAGGUGGUCAGCCACCCCGCCAAGAUCGCCAUCCACUACUUCAAGGGCUGGUUCCUCAUCGACAUGGUGGCCGCCAUCCCCUUCGACCUGCUCAUCUUCGGCUCCGGCUCCGAGGAGACCACGACGCUGAUCGGGCUGCUGAAGACGGCGCGGCUGCUGCGGCUGGUGCGGGUGGCCAGGAAGCUGGACCGCUACUCCGAGUACGGCGCGGCCGUGCUGUUCCUGCUGAUGUGCACCUUCGCGCUGAUCGCGCACUGGCUGGCCUGCAUCUGGUACGCCAUCGGCAACGUGGAGGGGCAGCGCACGGGCUGGCUGCACGCGCUGGGCCAGCAGAUCGGCAAGCCCCUCAACGGCAGCUUCGGGCCCUCCAUCAAGGACAAGUACGUCACGGCGCUCUACUUCACCUUCAGCAGCCUCACCAGCGUGGGCUUCGGCAACGUGUCCCCCAACACCAACUCCGAGAAGAUCUUCUCCAUCUGCGUCAUGCUCAUCGGAUCGCUGAUGUACGCCAGCAUCUUCGGCAACGUGUCGGCCAUCAUCCAGCGGCUGUACUCGGGCACGGCGCGCUACCACACGCAGAUGCUGCGCGUGCGCGAGUUCAUCCGCUUCCACCAGAUCCCCAACCCGCUGCGCCAGCGCCUCGAGGAGUACUUCCAGCACGCCUGGUCCUACACCAACGGCAUCGACAUGAACGCGGUGCUGAAGGGCUUCCCCGAGUGCCUGCAGGCCGACAUCUGCCUGCACCUGAACCGCAGCCUGCUGCAGAACUGCGCCCCGUUCCGCGGCGCCACCAAGGGCUGCCUGCGCGCCCUCGCCAUGAAGUUCAAGACCACCCACGCGCCCCCCCGGGACACGCUGGUGCACGCCGGGGACGUGCUCACCGCGCUCUACUUCAUCUCCCGCGGCUCCAUCGAGAUCCUGCGCGGCGACGUCGUGGUCGCCAUCCUGGGUAAGAACGACACCUUCGGGGAGCCGCUGCACCUGCACGCCCGGCCCGGGAAGUCGCGGGCGGACGUGCGCGCCCUCACCUACUGCGACCUGCACAAGAUCCUGCGCGAGGACCUGCUCGAGGUGCUCGACAUGUACCCCGAGUUCUCCGACCGCUUCUGGGGCACCCUCGAGAUCACCUUCAACCUGCGCGACACCAACAUGAUCCCCGGCUCCCCGGGCAGCGACGAGCUGGACGGCGGCUUCUCCCGGCUGCGGCGCCGCAAGCUCUCCUUCCGCCGGCGCCCCGAGAAAGACGCCGCCAGCCCCGGCGAGUCCCGGGCGCCGCGCGGGGACGGCCAAGCGCCCGGAGCGCCCCCCGGCCCGGCCGAGUGGGACCCCCCCCCCAGCCCCUCCAGCUGCGGCUCCAGCGACGAGGAGGAGCCGCCCGCGCCCCCCCCGGGCGCCACCGCGCUGUCCCCGUUCCGCAGCGCGCCCCCCGCGCCCCCCGAGCCCGAGGAGCGCGGCGGCAGCGACAUGUGCAACCCGCUCUCAGGCGCCUUCUCGGGGUCUCCAACAUCUUCAGUUUUUGGGGUGACACCCGGGGCCGCCAGUACCAGGAGCUGCCCCGCUGUUCCCACGGGGGCCCCCCAAACCCCACCCCGACCCUGACCCGCCGCCAGCGCUCCGACCUGGAAUCCCGCUUGGACCUGCUCCAGAAACAGCUCAACAGGCUGGAGUCGCGCCUCAACUCGGACAUCUCGUCCAUCGUGCACCUGCUGCAGCGCCAGGUGCUGGUGCCCCCCGCCUACAGCGCCGUGACCUCGCCGCACCAGCCCCCCC